AUUGUUGAGUUGUAGAUUGGGACUCAAGAUAUUAUUUACUUAAAGAUAGUCUCCAAUUAAAACUAUCACAACAUAGCAUGAAAAUGCAACCAAUUAUCUCCAGGAUCUGGGGUACUGAAGUACAUAAGGGAUUAUAUCCCAAGUGAUAUGAAAAAAGAUUUAAGAUCUCUGCUCCUAUUUACAAGUUUUGUAAGAGCAAAGAAGCCACUGAUUCAAUUCCAGGUAUAUUUUAAUUACACAAGUUUUGUAAGAGCAAAGAAACCACUGACUCAACUCCAGGUAUGUUUGCUAAUUCACAAUAUGAUUUAUUCAAAUGUUGAGAUUAGCCUUUACACAGUGCAUAUGGGAAACACUACUGAGAAAUUUUUGAACUGUACUAAAAUGAGAGACAAUUUUAGUUUUAGAGUUUCAAUGGAUUUAUAAUUGUUUGUACUUUUCAGAUAUUAAAGCCUUCUUAAGACUUGAUUCUAGAUGGAUUAUUUUGCUGUAGGAUGAGAGAAAAUGCAUAAAUAAAAAUUAAUAUAGAUCAGAAAGAUUUGUUUAACAAAACUGGAUCAUCCUCACCUUAAGAAAUUCUUUCUUCCUUCCUGAUCUCAGCAUUACUAAGUUUAAUUUAAUCUAAUAAAGUUGAAUCUUUCUCAUUUGAGACCCAUGUAAAUUUAAAUAAGAAUAAGAUAUCACCUAUAAGCAAAAUUAGGAAAAUGUAUCAAAGAAUGGCAGGAGAUAGCUUGGACCAUUGCCAUGAAUAAGAGAAGAGACAGGAUCCCUGCCUUGUUGAGUAUGGGGUGAAUUGUCUAAGAGAGUUUUUCAGGAUUUCCCAGCUGAACACCAGCCUCCAGGACUUGUGUCUAUCCAAACACCAUCUAAACUCAUCAUGAGAAGUUUUGAAAUUCUUUGUGGGGAAAAAACACAUAUUUAUGACAGAACUAUGUCUUUUGAGGGAGCAUUACACCUAGGAUACCAAUUUUGCUAUCUGUUUCAAUAACUGUGAUUUCUUUUCUCCUUAGAAAGUGCAUAAGGUUUUAUCUUCCUCCAGCUUGGUUUAUUGGAUAUCUAAGGACUUUUCCUUAACAACAGUCAGUGAGAUCAACAAUACCUGGUUUUCAUGCUGCCUUUUUAAAGGAGGCGUUGUGAGGUUUUGUAUUAAACAUAAUCUCAGCCAAAUAUAUGAAAUUGAACUAAACUGACAGAGAGGGUUUUAUUGAUCCUACAGUUUCAAGAUUUCAUAAAUAAAACAAAUUAUCAUUAAAAGGCAUCAGAUUUGACAUACAGAGCUUUUGGUUAUCAUGAUGGAUGAUUUAUACCAGUGGAGACUGCAGGAGAAUGUAUCCCUCUUGGUGCAUCUACCUCUUUCAGUGGUUUUUUAUAUCAGUUUAAUUGAAUAUCUCUAGUUCCUAUAUUUUUGGUUCCAUUUAAAAAGAGUUUCAGCUAUGAAUACAGGCAAGAGACACCCUAGGUACAGAAAGGGAUCAGAAAGACAACAAAUCUCCUGAACCAACCCAUCUACUCAGAAAAUCAUGGAUAAAGGAAAUGGUUCUGCCAUUACUGAAUUCAUUCUUCAAGGAUUCACAGGCAAUCCCAAAAUGCAGCUGGUUCUUUUUACGGUCUUCCUCUUGGUUUAUGUCAUCACUGUGUUAGGGAAUCUAGGGAUGAUUCUGUUGAUUUGCACUAAACCCCAACUUCACAAACCCAUGUAUUAUUUCCUGGGCAAUCUCUCCUUUGUUGAUCUCUGCUGUGCCUCAACCAUUGCUCCUAAAAUGCUGACUGACUUAUUAAGUAAAACUAAAAGGAUUUCAUACAGUGGCUGUGUUACACAGCUCUUUCUGUUUGAUAUCCUUGCAGAUGCAGAAUGCCUUUUGUUGGCUGUUAUGGCCUAUGACAGAUACGUGGCCAUCUGCAAUCCACUCCUCUAUCCAACCGUAAUGUCCAAAAAGGCCUGCCAGAAAAUUAUCUCUAUUGUGUACUUUACAAGCCUGCUAGAUUCAAUGAUACAAACUUCCUGUAUAUUCCAACAAUCUUUUUGUAGUUCCAACGUUAUCAAUCACUUCUUCUGCGAUGAGCCUCCACUUCUAAUACUCUCCUGUUCCAACACAUAUAUUACUGAGAUUGUGCUAUUUACUACUGUUGGCUUUGGUGAAGCAGGCAGCGUUAGUAUGAUUCUUGUAUCCUAUGUUUACAUUUUGGCUACAAUCUUGAGAAUGCGCUCUGCUCUGGGCAGGCACAAAGCAUUUUCCACUUGUGCCUCUCACUUGACAGCUGUUGGGAUAUACCAUGGGACAAUACUCUUCAUGUACUUCCGACCAAAUUCUAGUUACUCCAUGGACCAAGACAAAUGGGCCUCUAUGUUCUACACAGUUGUGAUCCCUAUGCUCAAUCCUUUGAUCUACAGCCUGAGAAACAAGGAGGUGAAAGAUGCUGUGCCAAAAUCUUUUGGCCAUAUAUGGAUUUGGAUUGGGGGAAAAAUGUUUUACAAUAACUUGCAUUUGAGGAGGGGGGACAUAUAGAACAUAUAUCUUGAAGGCAUGGUAAAUUCAGUGGGGGAUAUGUGAAUUUUUAAAGAAGGUAGCCCUAGAAAAAGUUAAUAGACAACUUAAUACAACUCUCUGCUGCUUAUGGAGAAGAGGCAAUUCAGUGUAAAAAAGAAUAUACAUUGUGUACUCUUGUUCUUUCAAACGUGUAUACAUGGAAUUGCUCAAUCCUCUGAAUAUUAUCUCAAUAUAAAAUAUAUAUUAUUUAAAUAUAAUAUAGUUCACCUGUACAAGUCUCCACUACUGUCAAA